GUUCAGUUCUAGCUACUGUUCUCUCCUCCAAAACCAUCCUGAAAGAGAUGAACCUGAACAACAGUCAUCUGCUGGAUUCAGGAGUCAAAGAGAUCUGUGAGGGACUGAAGAACCCUGUGUGUGAGCUGAAGAUACUGAAACUUUCAGACUGCAGUAUCACUGAAGAAGGUUAUAAAGCUCUGUCUUCAGCUCUGAGAUCAAACCCUUCACACCUGAUUGAGCUGGAUCUCACAGGAAAUGAUCCUGGAGAAUCAGGAGUGAAGCAGCUCAGUGAUUUACUACAGGAUGGACUCUGUUCAUUAAAGACCAUCAGGUGAAAAAAAAAACAUUGUAAAAUAU